UCAGUCUGAAAAGGCGUAACGGUAAAGUUACAGAACUGGUUUGAAAAUGAGAGAGAUGGUUCAGUGAAAGGAAAGCUGCGGAAAUGGCUGUCGUAUCGGUAUCUCUGUGCAUGCUCGCGGGGAUCUUUUUAAUUUGCGAGAUUGCGAGGAAAGCGACUCCGAGACUGCUUUCCGGGAAGAGGAGAGAUUGCGGAGUCUACGCUGCGGAGAUCAUUUCUACGAUUCAGCUAUGCGCAUGCGCUCACGAGUUAAAGCUGCUGUCGGAAGAUGCGCCCGAAAUCGCCCUGAGCCUCACCUACGUUGUAUCGGUGAUGCACGCGCUGACGUUCCGCGGCGCUACCGGUAACCCCACCGCGACGCUCGAGCGCUACUGGUGCGACUCUCUGGACGGCGUGUGCGCACUGCGGAGGACGGCAUGCCAGUUUGCGGCGUCCGUGGCUGCCGGCGUGGCCAUGCGCCGUGCGUGGGCUUUCGGCUUCUCGGACCUGCACGCGCGCCAUGAGCGAGCCGGCUUCGCGUGCACGAGUCCGAUCGCGAACGUGCAUCUGCUGGAAGCCGUGGCCGUGGAGCUCGCGUGCGCGUUCGUUGUGCACGCCGCGGUGACUUUCACGCGCGACGUGGAAGAAAAGUACAGAGUGCACGCUGUGGCCGCGGUCAUCACUACAGUGGUGUAUGCAGGUGGCAGUACAACAGGAGCUGUGUUCAACCCGGCGCUGGCUUUCUCAGCACAGUUCCCCUGCAGUGGCAGUACAUUCGCGAAGAACGGUCUUGUCUACUGGCUGGGACCCGUUUUAGGCAUAGCAUGCUCUCUCCUGCUGUUUAAUAAAGUCAUUCUGGCUUUUACAACAAAGAGCCCAUCUCACAAGGACCAGAACCUUCAUGCUGUCAAGAGAAAGAAGAAGAGAAAUUGAACAAAACUGGAAGCGUGAACAUUGUUCCUUCACCGGUUUUAAAUGCUGCUUAAUGUUUUCAAAUAUUAAUUUUUAGGAAUAUAGCACAAGAGCACCGGAAUGUACCUGUUUUUAGCAGUACCUGAAAUAGUGGUUGGGUAUUUUUUUUGUUGUUCUUGGUUAUUUGUGGGGUUUUUUUGCAUACAGACAUCCUGUAAAGGUGGGGACGGUUAGGAUGUAUGGAUGUAGAUAUAUAUACACCGAUUAGGCAUAACGUAAUGGCCACUAACAGGUGAAGUGAAUAGCACUGUUGUUGAAGAGAUCAGCCAUAACAUUAAAACCACUAUCAGGUGAUAUGAAUAACAUUGAUUAUCUCUUUACAGAGAUAACCUGUCACAGGGUGGGAUAUAUUAGGCAGCAAGUGAACAGUUAGUCCUCAAAGCUGAUGUGUUAGAAGCAGGAAAAUAAGGCAAGCGUAAGGAUUUAAGCGAGUUUAAAAAUGGCCUAAUUGUUAUGGCUAGACCACUGGAUCAGAGCAUCUCCAAAACUGUAGCUCUUAUGGGGUGUUCCCGGUCUGCAAUGGUCAGUAUCUAUCAAAAGUGUCCUGUAAGUCCUUUCAUUCCCAUGGAGGCCCCACCUCACAACUUACAAGGGAACUGCUGCUGACAUCUUGGUGCCAGAUACUACAGCACACCUUCAGGGAUCUAGUGGAGUCCAUGCCUCGAUGGAUCAGGGCUGUUUUGGGAGCAAAAAGGGGGACCAACACAAUAUUAGGCAGGUGGUCAUAAUGUUAUGCCUGAUCAGUGUAUACUAUACUAUAAUAUAUAUAUAGUUAUCUAACCCUAGAUUUAAUAAAUAGCUGCUGCUGCUAGACAUAACAGCCCAAAGUAACUGGAAAUUACUAGCAGAAAAUACACAAAACAGGUCUAAAGACUGGACUUUGCAUGACUUUAACGUAAGUUAUAACAACUUCAACUUACAUCAUAGGUGAAUAUACGUACAUAUGGGUAUGAUGUUCUAUCAUGAGAGCUCAUUCAUCAUUACUCUACACCCUGUAAGAUGGAUGAUAUUUCCUACUGAAACUACUGAAAGCUCUAUUUAAACAAUUUCACAGCUGCGGUUUUGAAUGUCGUUCUCUUUGAUAGUGAGGAAGUAUUCGUUGUACAAGAUAGCCUUAAGCACAUACUGUGAAACGUUACAAAACAUGCAAAGAUAUAGAUUUUAUGUUCAAACCUCUCCGGUCUUAAUACAUAAUUAGUACUAAAAAGUGUAUCUUUGUAAAACACUGCAACAUUCCUUAAUAAGCUUUAGAGUUAAAAUGAAUAUAUAUAUAUAUAUAGAUAGAUAGAUAGAUAGAUAGAUAGAUAGAUAGAUAGAUAGAUAGAUAGAUAGAUAGAUAGAUAGAUAUUUGGACAGUGUUUCAACCAAGUCAGCGUGUCCGUCUCAGUCAGCACACUAGCUAGCUCCCUAGGUGGUGAAUCAGUAUAUUGUGUACAGGAGUUGGGGCACUGCUACGGAUGCUGGAUCACUAUACGUUGGCACACUGAUGGCUCUGUUACCAAAGUGACUGUAAAAAUUCAAAUAGACAAUAUAUGUAUGGUUUAUAGAUCAUUUAAAUCUGUUAGCUUAAUCGCGUACUUUUCUGUCAUGGUGCUUCAAGGCAGGAUCAGGAGCUAGAACACGUAAAAAAUCAUUAGGCUUAAACCAUAUAUACAGAACAUUAAAUAAAGUGAUAGAUAGAUAGAUAGAUAGAUAGAUAGAUAGAUAGAUAGAUAGAUAGAUAGAUAGAUAGAUAGAUAGAUAGAUAGAUAGAUAGAUAGAUAGAUAGAUAGAUAGAUAGAGAGACAGACAGACAGACAGACAGAUAGAUAGAUCCCAUGAGGGAAAUUCUUGUGUUACAGCAGCUUAGUUACUGUUGGGCAACUGAGCAAGGCCCAUAGCCGCCCCUGUGCUCUGACCCGAACUUCCUCAGCUGGGAUAAGUGAAGAAAAGUAUUCCACUGUGCUGUAAUGUAUAUGUGGUGAUAAUAAAGCCUUCUUCUUCUUCUUCUUCUUCUAAAAAAAUAACGGGCUACUAACAUUUGUAGGCUGAGAGUUCGGUUUGUCCGCCUUUUUUUUUUUAAGCUGGGAAGCUUCAGAAAAUAUGACGUCAUUUAUUUCCAGUUAGGGAACACAGUGAGCAAAGGAGCUUCCUGGUUUUUGCAGUGCAUUGUGGGAGUGAACGUUCUAGUGGACUGGAAGGAUUUGGUGUUUUUCGAGCAUUCAUAAAAUGUCUGACUUCCGGAUCAGUGCCCUGAUUGCUGAACUCUACUGAGCUGAUUGAGACACACACAGUGUUUGUUUCUUUAGAUUCUGAGCUGUUUGAAAUGACAAGUAAUUAUUCCACGAAACUAUCCCUUAAGUAGGACUGACUACUAAUUAUACGCACAUUAUUGCUGGACUUUCUGGCCAGAGACGAAAACUGGCAGACGUAUGAGUGAAUAUCUAAUAAAAGCACAAUUCUAAUACCUCUGAUAUGUAGCCACUGGACCAAGCUAAUUUAAUCGCUCUUCAUCUUAAUGCUUAAUGAUGUCUUGCAAUAAAGGAAUGGCAAUGUA